AGUCAAACUACCAUAUCACAUGUACAAUUUGUGACUGGUACCCUGCUCAUUUCUGCUCGUACAUUUUAAUUCAAAUCGUUCGUGCCUUGCGCCAUAUCGUGACUCAGGAACAAAUUUGUACGAAACUGGGAACUUCUCAAAUUUAAAAACUGCCUGGGGCAGUUCAUGUGCCUUUACCUUCUGAAUCAUGUACAUACGUAGACUUGAAGGUUUAAUGGAAUCAGAGACAAAGUUUGCACUGCAUAUGUUAAUAUUUUUUUAUAAAAGAGGUAAAAUUUUGAAGAUAUUUUGUAAUGCGAGUUUAUCGGAAUCUAAUUAAGGAAUAAAAAUAAGGAGUUUAUUCUAAGAGGAUCAAGUUGUAGUUUAAAAUUUUGGGUAGUUUUAUCAUCAAAUUGUUAUGAUAAUUUUUGAGAUAUUUUUUUUGAGAGAGUUGUGUUUAAGAGGUAAACAUCGGAUCAAAGAGUUUCUCAUUUAAUUAUCAAUUUGUAAAUAUAAUGUCCUUGACACAAUAAGUUGAGACUGAACAAAAUCAAAAUAUUUUAAAUCCAUCGUACAUGUAGAGAGGCUAUAUUUCGGGUUUUUUCUUUGUUCAAUCACAAAUAUUUUAUUCAAAAAUAAGUGAAAGUACAGAUUGAUUAUGUGACAGUUUAUAUAAUUACAUUUGUAGAUUUACUUAACCCUUUCAUUACCAUGUAAUUAUCACAAUAUUAACAAAAACAGAAAAUGCAAACACUGCUCAUCAACUCUUUCAGUGCCUGCUUUUUGUUGGUCGUGCUGAACCUAAAAUGUCCAACUUUUUCAGGUUUUCCAAACUUUGGUAAGAAAGAAAAAGAAAAAUUAUAUUUCUUUCUCAGUAUUUUCUUUCUCACCAAACAAAAUAUAUCUUAGCUGAUUUGUUUUGCAUUGGUACAUCCCAGGCCUGUCAUCACAAGAGGGCAUCAUCACUCCAUAAAUAAUACUAUUGACUUUGGGAUGUACCAAAAGAAAACAGGGUCAUGGAGGAUAUGUCUUUCGUUGCCACUGGUCUUGGCCUUGGUGCCUCUUGAAAAGUUUCCCAUAGACGCUAAGAUUUUCAAUUCAAAGUGCCCUUUGCAAAGUGAACACGGCCUUGCCCUGUGAUGACAUAUCUAUUAUGGGUUGUACAGGAACCAUUGAUGACACUUUUUAAAUACAUGUAAAAGAUUACUCAUGUACGAAAAUGGCGAUUUCUGAAUACAUCAAAUACAUUUUACAAGUUUGACGUUGGCACUGAAAGAGUUAACAGAAAUUACAUGUAAUAGAAAAUUUAGUUUUGUGUGAAGAAAUUGUGAUUGCUAAUAUACUUCAUUGGAAAAUUUCAUAUCUGGACCUGACCUUUACUUUGACCUCUAUGUGUAUGGAAGUAGGUCAAACCUUGCAGCUGUUUGCUGCUUCUAUGGGGGUUUUGGUAUUAAGGCCGUGUCCGAAACGACGACUUCGGCUACAGCUACGGCUAGAUCGCGCGCGUCUGCCUAUUCUUCAACGUUGGUAGACGCGCUGAUCUAGACGUAGCUGUAGCUGAGGUCGUCGUUUCGGACACGGCCUAACCUUGUGUGGCCACUAUGGUCUCUAAAGAGUUAAUGACUAAUAUGCCUGUACAAUUAACAGUCACAAGAAAUGUCCAAAACUUUAAAGAUGAUUGUCAAAACUCUAAAAAAGCUUGUAUGCACAAACGAAUUUGUUCAUAGUUUAUUUGGUUUUGAUUCGGAACACAUUGUGUGCAAACAAGGCAUUCCUUAUCCGCUCAUAUAUUGUAAAUAAAUAAAUAGACUUUUAACUUUUAAACUAAACAAAGGUAUAAAACAUUUAUGUAGUUUAGGAAUCUUUGUAGUCAAAAUGUUAAGGAAUCUUUUAUUGAGAGGCAGUUUGAUUUAAAUGUACAUUUUAAUUAUUUUUUAUUUCUAAGAUAUGCAAAUUCAGCUUAACAUAAAUGAGAUGCUUAACUUUGUGCAGUGAUUUUUAAUAGUUAUCCCCCAGAAAGAUUAUUCAAAAUUUAAUUCUGAAAUUAUAUUUUUCAUUCCUACCUCGUCUUACCUUUUAAUGUGAAAUUCCAAACCCAAAUAAGACACAAGACUGGUACAUAGCAAGGCACCCAAUGCCAUAACCCAGUUACCCACUUCCAUAUUGCAGGCACCCAAUGCCACAACCCAGGCACCCAAUGCCACAACCCAGGCACCCAAUGCCACAACCCAGGCACCCCAAAGCCACAACCCAGGCACCCAAUGCCACAACCCAGGUACCCAAUGCAUGCCAUAACCCAGGCACUCAAUGCCACAACCCAGGCACCCAAUGCCAUAACCCAGGCACCCAAUGCCACAACCCAGGCACCCAAUGGCACAACCCAGGCACCCAAUGCCACAACCCAGGCACCCAAUGCCACAACCCAGGCACCCAAUGCCACAACCCAGGCACCCAAUGCCAUAACCCAGGCACCCAAAGCCAUAACCCAGGCACCCAAUGCCACAACCCAGGCACCCAAUGCCACAACCCAGGCACCCAAUGCCACAACCCAGGCACCCAAUGCCAUAACCCAGGCACCCAAAGCCACAACCCAGGCACCCAAAGCCAUAACCCAGGCACCCAAUGCCAUAACCCAGGCACCCAAAGCCAUAACCCAGGCACCCAAUGCCAUAACCCAGGCACCCAAAGCCAUAACCCAGGCACCCAAUGCCAUAACCCAGGCACCCAAUGCCACAACCCAGGCACCCAAUGCCACAACCCAGGCACCAAUGCCACAACCAGGCAUGUUCCAGGUGUAA